CGUUUGUGUUUUUUUUUUCCUUCUGUUAUGUUUCUGUGCUGCUCUUUUUUUUUAGCUUUUCGUUAUUAGGAAAUCGAAAACUGAAGCUGCGGCUGCGACUGGGUCUAUCAUCAGUCCGUGAGACGGUCUCAAAGCUAUUGGUCGUGUUGUCGCUUUUGUCGGAAAAACAGCAGCACGUAACGCUGAGCAGAAGAGAUCCACUACGUAAAGCGGUCGAAACGUAACGCCAUGCGAUCGGUGAUAACGGUAAAACAUUCAAAAUGAAGCGUAACCGUUCAGUGCAGUGAAAAGGAUCGUCAAAUAGGAUAUACCCUGUACAAAAAUCAAACAUGUGUAAAUUAAAAAAUCAAAUCUAAUUCCUAACUGUGUGAAUUCCUCACUUCCAUCCUAUAAAAAGGAAAAGAAAACAUAAACUAUCCCCAAACUUAAAUCUUCCUAUAGACAAUAAAGCUGUCCAACUAUCCAAUACAUAAUAAUAAAAUUUAUGCUAGCACAAAUCGAAUCACAAAUUGCUAAGGAAUUUCAUGGACUACGCCCAGUAGAUGAUGUGAUAUAAAAAACAAAAAAAACGGAAAAACAACAACACCACAUAUACACUCCCAGGUGCACAGAGAGAUGCAUAUCUAUGGCCUAUAUAUACCAGAUAUCGGUGCUAAAUCAAUGAUAACUACCCGCUUAGAUCCAAUUAAUGCAAAUUGUGACAGCGCGUAAAUGCAAAGUGAGCCGAGUUGCACGGAAAUCAACAACAAAUGCCACCGAGACAUGUGUACAACAGGCUGAUGAUUAUGGGCAGACAUUAAACAGACAAUCCAUAAUGAAAUUAUAAAAUUGAAAAGAUUAUAGCCCGGGCCGAGCGAUCGUCGAGAGGAAACUGAAACGACUGGGAAGUGCGAAGAGAUUGGAUCGAAGCGGCUUGGCCGGGGAUCGAUGUCAACUCCGGGGAGAACAGCUCGCCAAUUAAACUUAAUUAAAUAGAGGAAUAUAAUAAAAAAAAAUAUAAUAAUUCUAAACAACUUGUACCAUAAAUCAGACCUCACCAGCCAGCGCGAGUGAUUGUAAAAAGUGUAAAAAGAUCAAUAAAAUAUAAAUCUCAAAGUGGCAACUUCCCUUCGUAUAUACGUACAACUAAAGCUCCUAAUUACCAUAAAUCUAAAAGUGUUGAAUACGAUAAUUUAUUAAAUACAUUUAAUCGAAAUCCUUAAUCCUUGAUUACUUGUUAAUGCUAAAGAAAAUAUUACCAACUAAUUUUUACAAAGCUUGUUUCCUGCAAUAAAAACUUUAUAGGUUGUCUUGAAACCUUCUAAGCCUUUAAUCAAAUAAAAACUCCUCCAUAAACUGUUUGAAUACUUUCCAUAAAAAUUGAAAUUAAUAUUGAAGAUACAACUGCAACUUUUAUUCCCACGCGCCGUCGGCUAUCGCGGCCAUAUAAUUUAUAUCCCGGACCGAUAACAGGAUGACUUACGCUCUAAAAACAACAACAGCCAGCUGAAGCAACAGAUAUAACAACCAGAAGAUCAAAUUUGUAUAGCAGCCAAUGCCAGACGAGUUAUCAACAUCCGUAAGGCCGAGAGAGGAAAAAAAAACUACGCUGCAAUAGACAAACGGUGCUCAAAUGGUGAUUUCUUCCUGCCAGCGGCCAACGGAUAUCCGUGCGGAUUUUAUACCAACAACAGCAAAGGCAACGACUUUAGAAACCACAACAACUAGUUGUGCAAUUAGAGCAAAGCUGCUCAAUAAACUAGAAGAGGCUGGCAAAUUGAUGCUACCAAAGCGAUCAGAAAAAUCAAGCAUGUAUAUAGCUCCUGUAAAACUAAGGCAAACUUAAAUCGGAAUCAUUGGGAAAUUCCUUUCCACGGAAAGGAAAGCAAAGGCAAGCCUAGAACCUAAAACUUAAAGCAACCAGCAGCCAGGGCAUCAAUCGAACCGCCAAUCAAUCAAUCAAUCAAUCAAGAGGAAAGUCGAGGGAAAAUCGAGGGAAAAUAGAGGGAAAAACUCGGUUACGGCCCCUUGAGCGACUUAUGAGAGUUAUGAGAGAGAAAGACCACUCACCAAGAAAGAUGCUUCCUAGCCCGAAACAGGGCUGCGUUUACCCUGCCUUAGGAUUAAUACCCACAUCGUAUAUAUCACACGUACCUUAUGAUCUGGCCUCCUCGGCGGCGGCAACAUCCUCCUCCUCAUCGUCGUCCUCGCCGACAACGACGACAACAACAACGUCGCUAACCGGCCGGCUGCAACAUCAACAGUCGCAGCAGCAGCAGCAGCAACAUCAUCACACCCACCAGCAACAUCAGAUCCAGAAUCACCAUGCGAAGGGCAAGCGGAGAAGUAGCUUCGAUCAGCCGUUGGAUCUGCGAUUGGCCCACAAGAGAAAGACGGACUUGGGCGAUCAAGGACCUCUGGAGGAUGAGAACAGCAACCUGAUAAUGUUCGCCAGCGAGUUGGCGCAUCAGAAGGAGAAGGAGCUGAACAACAAUCAUAUUGCUGCCUCGCUGGCCGAUUUGGGUUUCGAUAUGAGCCGCAAAAUGCUGAGGGCCUUGAGAGAGGGUGGUGCUGGAGGCGGAGGAGGCGGAGGAGGAGGGGUUGGACCACCCACGGCACCACCGUUAACGCCGCCGCAAUGUUCGAUUCCUGCCGUACAUCCCACACUUUUGGAAGCCAUGACCAAGAACUUGCCGCUGCAGUAUCGCAAUGUGUUCGCCGGGGUUUUGCCCGGCAAGGUGGCCAGUCCGGCGGCAUCGAGCAGUCCCACUGGACCGGACUUCCCCUUCCGGCAUCCGCUGAAGAAGUGCGAACUCACCUGGCCGCCGCCCACAGAGCAACUGCAACUGGAGCUGCCCCAUCCGAACCCGAAAUUAUCUCCUGUUUUGCCGCAUCCGCAGCUGCAGGACUAUCAGACGAGGAGGAAAAACAAGGCAAGGACAGCUGCCACCGGGGGCAAUGCCACGCCCAAUUUGCCGCAACGCAACAAGGAUCGUUAUACGUGCAAGUUUUGCGGGAAAGUCUUCCCCAGAUCGGCGAAUCUGACGCGGCAUUUGAGAACGCACACGGGCGAACAGCCGUACAAGUGCAAAUACUGCGAACGUUCCUUCAGCAUUUCCUCGAAUCUGCAGCGCCAUGUGCGGAAUAUCCACAACAAGGAGCGACCCUUCAAGUGCGAGAUCUGCGAGCGUUGCUUCGGCCAGCAGACGAACCUGGACAGGCAUCUCAAGAAGCACGAAUCGGAUGCCGUGUCCUUGAGCGCUUUGUCCGGAGUGAGUGAAAGGAUGCACUGCAUACGCAGGUUCUGCGAGAAUCCCACAGAAGAGUCCUACUUCGAGGAGAUACGCAGCUUCAUGGGCAAAGUCACACAGCAGCAGCAGCAACAGCAACAGCAGCAGCAGUUGCAGCAACACGACCAGCAGCAGCAACAGCAGCAGCAGCAACAUCAGUCAACAGCAACAUCGGCGGCCAGUUCGUGUUCCUCGUCGCGUGACACGCCCACUUCUUCGCAGGAGGAGGCGGACAACACGGCAAACGCUGAAGCGGCAGCAACAACUUCGAGCAGAGAUCAGGAGGAGGAGGACUCGCAGUCCAUUCUGGAGCUGAAGAAAACGCUGACCUCCAAACUGUUUCCCACAGCAACAACGGCAGCAAUUACGCCACCAGCAACAUGCAUCAAGGAAGAGGAACCCUAACUACAAAACCAACAAUUUCAACAAACAAAUUUCCUAUAGCAGAGCAGCCAGAUGGAGGAAGAGGAAGAGGAGGUCCCUAAAACUAUGUCUAACAUCCAGCUGAGGAGCAGAUCCCUAAAACUAUGUCUAAUAUCUAGCUGUAAAUAAAUAUGCCUAAACCCUAAAUGUUCUACAACUACGAGUAUAUGUGUAAAUCGAAUUGUACAAAUCGAGAAUUGGCAGAUUCAUAAAUAUAUAUAUAUAUAUAUAUAUAAAUACGAACGUAUGUGCAUAACUAUUAUUAAAUUCGUCAUAAGCAUUGGUAUUUUUUGUACAUAUAUACAAACAUGACACGACGAAAAAUGUAUGAAAAAUAAUGAGAAAACAAC